AUGAAGAUUUCUAUUUUCGCUUUGAUGGCCAGCGCUCUCAGCGUUCUUGCUUCCCCACCAAAAGCAUACUCAACGCAGUUGAAGCCUCCCUAUUGCCCGCCUCGCCCAGUGAUGGAUUGGCAACGACGAAUCAUCCUUAACGAAUUCAUCCAGAAGUUUUAUGUCGACUUGAACUUUACGGCCGCCUAUCUUGACCACGUUUCGGAGGACUACAUUCAGCAUAAUCCAUUCGCGCUCUCGGGUCGCAACAACAGUCUGAAUGCCUUGCUGUCAAGCGGCAUAUCUCGAAAUAGUGCCAACUUCACCGUGCUCCGAACUGGAGUCGAUGGGAACUUGGCAUUUGCUCAUGUACGCAUGGAUUUGGCUGGUGCACCGCAGCCAAGUGUGGCGAUCGAUAUCCUCAGGUUCGAGGGCUCCUGCAUCCAGGAGCACUGGGACUCCGUCCAGACGCGACCAGAAAAUCCCGUUAACCCCUUAGCCCUGUUUUAA